AUGGACCCCGAAACGACGGUCGAAAUGGAUACGACCGUAAAGAUGGAGUCUGAGCCAACAUCUGAGAAGACCACAACGGUAAAUACUGAGCCCGAAACACCGGUCCAGGCGGCCGCGACGGUAAAGAUCGAGCCGGAAUCCACGGUCGAGAUCACUACGAUCGUUAACGGGGAACCCAACGUCUUGAAAACACCAAAGCCAGAACCUGAAGAAGAGCUCCCGCCCCACCCGCCUUCCAACCCGUUGGACGAUCUAUUCUCCUCGCUGGAUGAGACGAUAUCCCGUGUCGCGGAGGGCAGGAAGGAAGAGGUCCUCUCCUCGAUAGAUGAGUCGAUAAACUGCGUCGUUGCCUCGGUGAUUGCGAUGGAGCAGCCGAAGCAGCAGGAAUUGAUUAUACCGGCCGAGGCUCUGGAGCAAAAGCCUACGAUAGUGACAGUUUCCGCGCACGAUGCUGCUGCUCAAUCUACGUCGGCCCUGACCGAAAUUGUCACCGAAACGCAAGAUGUGAAGCCAGAGGUCUACUGCUUCUGCAAAUCCAGUGACAUCAAGAGAUUCAUGAUUGCCUGCGAAAAAUGCGACAUCUGGUUCCACGGUGAUUGCGUCAAGGUCACGAAGAAGGAGGGCGGCGCCAUCGAAAAAUGGUACUGCAGUUCCUGCAUCACCUCUGAUCCCAACCUGAAGAUUAUCUACAAGACGAUAACGACCGCUGCCCCGGUGGAGAAGAAAAAGUCCGCGGAGGAGACUGGCAACCGUUGCGUCGACACGAAUCCAGUGGGAUGCAUACAUUGCUUCAGAGCCAAGAAUUGCAAAGAGUGCACUCCAGAAAAGUGGGCCGAGUGCCCACAUUUUCCAUGUCUUGUUGUCCGCAAGGAGGAGCCAGCGAAAGACUUUCUGCCGGAGAAGCGGAAGCGAGGGCGCAAGAGGAAGCCGCUCGAUUCGGACGACGAUGACGACGAUCAGAUCUACAUGGGCCGGUCGAAGUAUGACCCUAAAGAGGUGCGAGCCCGAGCCUUGGUAGAGGUGAACAUUGCUACCGAGAAGAAAAUCGCUGCCAGGCGACCGAGAAAACGUGAAAACACCCCUCACCAGUGUCUAGGCCCUGAAUGCAUCCUCACCGCUCGCGAAAAUAGCAAAUACUGCUCUGAUGACUGUGGAAUGCGACUGGCUGAGGCCCGCAUCAAGCACGCCAAGAAGCAAUCCGUUCGCUACUGGAAGCAACCGCGCCAAUUCACCGAAGGCAUCAGGCAGGGCAAGAAGUUGGAAGUUCAGAUUGAAGCGUCGUUCGUCCGGGCCAAGGAACUCGUCGACCGUAUGGUGUUGGUCCAGCGUUGGGUCAAUGCGGUCAAAGCUAUAGACCCCGUCGACAGUGAUGACGAAAACGAGGUGGACAACGAGGCCGAAAAAGGCUCAAUCAGCUACUUCUGCCCGGUUUGCGCGGCCGAUGUGGGCGAAAAAGCGCUGCCGAAACAUAUCGAACGUUGCUUCGUCAAGCAGGAAAAACAGAGCGAGCUGGGAUCUUCGCAAGAAAUGAAAGAGCAAAACCCGGACAAUCUAUUCUGCGAUGCGUUGAACAAAACGAGCAACACGUAUUGUAAAAGACUGCGUGUCAUGUGUGCCGAUCAUUAUAAGGGCGAAUUGGAGAAAGAAUUGAAGAUUUGUGGAUUUCCAUUGGCCUGGAACAAUCAGAAGGACUCCGCCGUUUUUGAUGAGGUCUACAACAUAUUCGACAAUAUCGAGCGCACCCUGGGGCUGGGCUUUUGCCAAAAGGCCAAAAAGAACUGUCAGCAGCACCAUCGAUGGGUGCAGAUCACUCUCGGACUUUUGGAGUGUGAAAGGUAUCACGUGCUGCUACGCCUCGACGAGCAGAUGGAGCGGAAACGAAUGCUGCUGAACUCGCUGAGCACGAUGGGCGACAUCCUGACGCUGCUCGGAAUGGGUCCCGAGGAGGAGGAGAAGAAGGAGGAGGUGGUGGCCGCGCCGGUCCCAAAGCAGGAGCCGGUUGAUGAAGAGGCAAAAAUCGAGGAU